GAAUGUUGCUGUGAAAUGAAAUCUUUUGCUGCUGUGUGAGGCACAAAGGGCGCCAUGCUGAUCAGUCUGCUGCUCUUAAACACAGGCUGUGCUUCUGCUCCUCACUGCGGAAGUUAAAGCAACAGUGGGGAGUUUGUUCUGCACGCGCUACGGCAAUUUUCCUGAGAUUCUCCACAUCUCUCUCUCUCUCUCUCUCUUUUUUUUUUUGAUCCUUUUUUGAAAUCCUGCCUACGUCUUACUGCCUGUAGAGCACGCGCCGCCGUUACCGGAGCAGUGAGGACGCGAGCUCGCGCGAGCCUGCGCCCUACACGCCCAUGAGCCCGGCCCGGAAGACGCCGCGGUCGCGUGCAUGCACGUUAAGCUCGGAGGACGCGCGCUUUCGGUGGAUGUGAGAUCUCCAUGUCGUUAUUUGUGAAGAUGGAUGCGUGUGCUCCUGUGCUUGGCGCAGCUGAGACCAGCAUGAACACUGUCAUGUCUGCAAGGGCAGCGAUCCACCUACAGCCUUGUCGAAUUCGCAAUUCGAGGACAGUUCUGGGUUUAACUGCACGCCCUGGUCUGGUGCGAUAGACGGAAUGAGGCUGUGUUUUUCUCAUCUGCUGCGCUGUAGUUGUCACAGUAUUCACCUGAUUUACGUGCAACACGGCUACAUCUUCGGCACCGUGCUCCAUUGGAGAAAUGCUCGAUUGUACUGAAUACGGUCACGAAUUGGAUUAUGUAAAAAAGAUUCUCGAAAGUUUCCCAAAACUCUAAGGGAUGGAGUGGCUCAUCAUCUCUCUGCUAAUACUGGUUGUUUCUACCUCUGGACAUCUGUGUCCCAAGCGUUGCAUGUGCCAAAACCUGUCACCAUCGCUUGCUAUUCUGUGUGCCAAGACGGGCCUGCUCUUUGUACCCACGGUCAUUGAUCGCCGGACAGUAGAACUUCGACUUACUGAGAAUUUCAUCACAGCAGUAAGGAGGAGGGACUUUACAAACAUGACAAGUCUCCUGCACCUGACACUGUCACGCAACACCAUCAGCCAGAUCAUGCCUUACACCUUUGCCGACCUCAAACGGCUGCGAGCGCUGCAUCUGGACAGCAACCGCCUCAGUGUGGUCACUGAUGACCACUUCCAGGGUCUAACCAACCUAAGGCACCUCAUUUUAGCCAACAACCAGCUCCAUAACAUUUCUCCACAUGCUUUUGAUGACUUCCUGGGGACUCUGGAAGACCUGGAUCUGUCUUACAAUAAUCUGGUGGACAUUCCUUGGGAAACCAUUGGGAGGCUCACCAAUGUAAACACACUUAAUAUGGACCAUAACCUUAUAGAGCAUGUCCCUUUAGGAGUGUUUUCCAACCUACACAAGCUAGCACGUCUAGAUAUGACAUCCAAUAAACUGAAAAAAAUUCCUCCUGAUCCUUUGUUUCUUAGGAUCCCAGUUUAUGCUAAGUCCAAGGGGUCUCCACUGACCUCACUUGUUCUUAGCUUUGGAGGAAAUCCACUCCAUUGUAACUGUGAGCUCCUUUGGCUAAGACGGCUUACGAGAGAAGAUGACCUGGAAACAUGUGCCACACCUCCCGAUCUUACUGCUAAAUACUUUUGGACAAUUCCUGAAGAAGAGUUCAUCUGUGAGCCACCUGUUAUUACAAGGAGGUCCUUCAAGACCUUUGCUAUGGAGGGACAGCCAGCCAGCUUAAAAUGUAAAGCCAAUGGUGACCCAGACCCAGAUGUCCACUGGAUUUCUCCUGAAGGUCGUCUGAUCUCUAACACGUCCCGCACUCUCACCUUUAGCAAUGGAAGCCUGGAAAUAAACAUCACCUCCCUGAAAGAUAUGGGAGUGUUCACCUGUAUUGCCUCCAAUGCUGCUGGUGAGUCUACAGGCACUGUGGAACUCGUGGUCACUCCACUUCCUCACCUAGCCAAUAGCACUAAUCGCAUCCAGGAGCCUGAUCCAGGACCAUCUGAUAUCUUAACAUCUGCCAAGUCCAGCUCUUCCUAUAGCAAUGAUACAAGGACGCAAGAAAAGACGACGAUACUAGCUGAGCUCACUGCAAACUCGGCUCUCAUUAGAUGGCCUUCACAGCAGCAUUUCCCGAGUAUUAGGAUGUUCCAGAUACAGUACAACAGCUCAGUAGAUGACACCUUGGUCUACAGGAUGAUCCCAUCUACAAAUCGGGACUUUCUGGUGAGAGAUCUGGCAUCUGGGCGUGAGUAUGACCUGUGUGUGCUGGCUGUAUACGAGGAUGGCAUAACCUCGCUGACUGCCACGCGGCAGGUGGGCUGCGUCUCAUUCGUCACGCAUGCCGAGUACACCCAGUGCCAUGUGUUGCGCAGCCACUUUCUGGGUGGCACCAUAAUCAUCAUCAUCGGUGGCAUCAUUGUGGCAUCUGUGCUGGUCUUCAUCAUCAUCCUUAUGAUUCGCUACAAGGUGUACAGCCAGCAGGGGCCCAAAGCUGGCAAAGGACUAGCCAAGAGCAAGGUCCGAUCACAAAGCAACGGAGGAGGACAGGUUCCUGGGCAAAUGCCAUGCUCAGGCUCCAAAGUCAUGGAGGGGCAGGAGGACCAAGGACCAGGGAUUGGAGGAAGCACAAGAGUGACAACUUCCUCUCUCAAAGACUGCAUUACCAUGGCUUUAGUCAUGGACUGUGAGAAGGGAAUGCAGAACUCAGAGGCAAGCAGUGAGGGCACUGUUUUACCCUUACAGAAACGCCUCUCCAGGACGUGCCUAGAGCAAAAAGGUCAACCUUCACUGUCCACCAUCGAUGGGACCUCAACUGUGGAAGGAAGUAAGUUAAAGAUAAUGAAAUUGUGUAGCUUACUUUUGCUUUUAAACCAUAAAAAGAUGUUCCUUCUAUCCUUUUUUGAAGCUCCAAGGAUUCUCUAAACAAUUACUGGUGUUCAGAGAUAAGUGGUUAAAAGUAAUUGUAGUUUCUGGAUGAACUGGCAAUGAAUGAGACUAAAUUUGAGGUCGAUGCCGUCCGUUUAAUCAGGAUCUCAUGGUGCAGAAGGGAGAGCUUACACAAUAUCUGUUAAAUCAGAGAGGAGCUGUAUUUAAAAUAGUGAUUAACCAAGUGAAGCAAAUGAAUGAUGUUAAUUGUAUUGUUUUAAAAGCGUCAUUCUGUCAGAACAGGUAACAUAAUAAUAAUAAUAAUAAUAAUAAUAAUAAUAUAAAGUUUUCUCUAUUAAUGAAAAAUGGAAUUAGAGAAUUCAGUUUUUUUAUUAUAAUGCUGUAAUGCCACCUGGUGAAGGCGUUAUGUUUUCAGGUUGUCUGUCUGUCCAUCCCUCCGUCCAUCUGCACGAUAUCUCGAGAGCGAGUGGUCGAGUGUUUGUAGGAUUUCUGUGGAAUUAUCCUCGUCACCAGCAGAUGAACUGAUUAGAUUUUGGAACGGAUCCAACCAGGGUCAAGGUCACAGCAAGGUCAAAUGUCUGAAAUAGUUUUUCUUCAACAGCUUCCUUCCUGUCUGAAGUGUAUUUUAAGGGAAUUUCUGGUGUACACAUUACUAACAAGGCUAGACUUGGUGAUGGAGGUGGAGGUCGACACUGUCGGCGUAAAGUUCGACUUGUGCACUUACUGCAAAACGCAUUUAAAAAAAACUUUAGAGAAGCACCAAUAAUUAGUCUAGUUUUUUUAAAUCAUUCUUAUUAUUGUACAUAGACCAAAACCCGUGAGCAGUUACAGUUACACAACACAUUAACAUAUCAGUUAUUUCAUGUUAUAAUUCUCUCUUAUAUCAUCUGUCCUGCAGAUAAAGUCUGCAAAAAGUGAAUACUUUACUAGUCUAUUACUCAUGAAUGAAUCAACUUAUAACCAAUUAAUCAGUUUAAAUAUCAUUUAGCAAUUUUUUGUUUAUUAUUUUUCCAAUAAUUAAAUGUAAAACAAAACUGUGAGUAACAAACCAUUUAACAUCUUGUUACUCUACUGACGUUCUCCUCUAGGCCUGAUCUAAUGAUUAUUCCCUGCGGCCAAUACCAAUAACUAAUUCAAAUUAAUGCAAAUAAAAAAUUUAUAAGGAAUUUUUUUUUUUAUAAAUAAUCAAACAGAAAGCUUGGAGUUUGUGGGUUUAAAUCAUCUUCAUAACAAGGCAAAAUUAAAAAGGCAAAAAAAACACAAAAGAAACACAACCAGCCUCAGUAAAAUAACUGCUGCACACAUUAUACUGGGGAAAAAAAACAAACCCUCAGGCCCUUUGAAUGCUGCGUAAUAAGAAGCUAUAACGUGAACCAAACAGGAGCUUUCAGCCGCUUUCGUGUUUAAAGCUCGUGCUGGUAUGAAAGGUAGCUCUGCUUUGUGCAGAAUGGUUUUAGUGAAACUAGCAGUGUUUUCGUUUUGGCUUUUCUACUCCUCUCUCACUGCCACCAUCAUUAAUAGUUCUGUCAGAGAGAGAGAGAGAGAGAGAG